UUUUUUUUAGGUUGAUGGCGGAUGGUUCAUUGAUAACAUAAAUUGAAACUUCAGUUACUGUUUAGUUUAUUUUUUCACGGCGUAGAUUUGAUUUAGCUGUUUGAACUUGUUACUGACGCACAGACAAGAAUUGAAACGUUAUACCAACAGAGAUGUUACCAGUGUCCCCCCAUGGUUGUCUUCUCACAGAUUAUUUCUGCCUGACAUUACACCUUGUUGCAUUCAAAUGCGUGAUUGCCCACAUGAUCUGAUGAGAUGCUCGACUCCAAUGACUGCGUCUUGUCCCUAGACAAUCUGUUUUUUGAGAAACCCAUUGUCCACAAAGUAAAGCCACUGCACCAAGAGCCUAGUCCAUGGCAGCUGGAAGCACCUCCAUCUCUUUCCCAGAUUCCGGCUACUCAGGUUAUGCAGAAGGAGGCAGAGUCUUUCUCUACCCUAUACAGUUUCUCACAGGAGCCCAAGAUGUUCCUGCCCCCUUUCAAAGAAUCAGCUGGCAUUACAGUCUUACCAUCAAAAAUCAACAGUCCUUACAGUUAUAACAACAAUGAGAUUGAAAUUCAGUAUGGCAGCAACAGCAGCGGCAGAUGUGAUGGCCUUUGGGGAGGUGAGGGGUUCAGGGAUUACCCUCAGGGCGCCUGGCAGAGUGGCAGUGGCGGAGAUGAAACACCGCAGGACUCUGGUCAUGUGGCCAUCAGUCCGAGGUGUUUGUCACAGGACCGCAGCAAAAACCCACCUCUGCGGAGAAGCUUGUUCAAGGUUCAGGUGUUGAACAAUGGAGGUGACUCGUCAAACACAGAUGACCUCAGUGGCAGCGGCAGCCAGACAGCAUCCAGACCUCAAACUUUUCUCAGUCAGGUUACCAUGGCGACAGUGCCUCCUCCUCUUCAUCCGCCACGGGCGACAGUUAGCCAGGCAGCUCCUCCCUUCUCCCCCGAGCCCCCCUUCCCGCCCCCCCCUCCUUUGGGCUCAUCUGCAGCGAGUGGCCGACCCCCGCAGCAGGCGGCAUAUGCAGAGAUGCAGGACAAGGGCACAAAGAGAGUCGUCGUUCCACCCAUGACGCCUCAGCUGCUCCGCAUACAAGGGUCUUCUGGGUCAGGAAUUUUGAGACCAGUUUCUGAAAUCCCAGCUAAGUUCAGAUCCGUCUUCAAAGAGUUCCCCUUUUUCAACUACGUUCAGUCCAAAGCACUAGAUGACGUUCUUUACACAGGUAAGAACUUUGUAGCAUGUGCUCCAACGGGUUCUGGUAAAACAGUGCUGUUUGAACUGGCCAUCAUUCGUCUGUUAAUGGAGACCUCAGAGCCAUGGAGAGAUGUCAAAGCUGUCUAUAUAGCCCCUAUCAAAGCUCUAUGCAGUCAGUGCUAUGAGAGCUGGAAGAAGAAGUUUGGUCCUCUGGGGCUGAACUGUAAGGAGCUGACGGGCGACACAGAGAUAGAUGACUUCUUUGAGAUUCAGGACUCCCACAUCAUCCUUACCACGCCUGAAAAAUGGGACAGCAUGACAAGAAAAUGGAAAGACAACUGUCUGUUACAGCUAGUCAGGCUCUUCCUUAUCGAUGAGGUGCAUGUGGUGAAGGAUACAACCCGUGGUGCCACGCUGGAAGUGGUGGUGAGCAGGAUGAAGGCCAUACAUGCCUCCAGGACAGCACAGAAUCCAGAGACAGGCCUCUCUGUGAGGUUUGUGGCUGUAUCAGCCACCAUACCCAAUAUCUCUGAUAUAGCAGACUGGCUGUCUAAUGAGAGUGGUCCCGCCACAUAUCUGGACAUGGACGAGAGCCACCGUCCAGUGAAGCUGAGGAAGGUGGUGCUGGGAUUUCCCUGCAGCCCAAACCAAACAGAGUUCAAGUUUGACCUGUCGCUUAACUACAAGAUGGCCAAUAUCAUACAAACCUACUCUGACCAGAAGCCUGCACUGGUGUUUUGCUCUACAAGAAAAGGAGUCCAGCAGUCAGCAACAGUUCUUGCCAAGGAUGCUCGGUUCAUCAUGAGUAUUGAGCACAAACAAAGACUGAUGAAAUAUGCAAACUCUAUCCUGGAUUCAAAACUGAGAGAUCUGGUGAUGUUAGGAGUUGGUUUCCACCACGCAGGAGUUGACUUGUCUGAUAGGAAAUUGAUAGAAAAUGCCUUCACUGUGGGAGACCUGCCUGUCCUCUUUACCACCAGGACUCUUGCCAUGGGGGUGAACCUGCCUGCUCAUCUGGUUGUGAUCAAGUCCACCAUGCAGUAUGUGGCUGGCUCCUGUGAGGAGUACAGCGAGGCCGACUUGCUGCAAAUGAUUGGUCGAGCUGGAAGACCACAAUUUGACACAUCCGCGACUGCAGUGAUCAUGACCAAGAUGCAAACCAGAGACAAGUACAUGAAACUUAUGAAUGGGAUGGAAAUCAUUGAGAGCAGUUUGCACUGUCACCUGGUGGAGCACUUGAAUGCUGAGAUUGUUCUCCAAACCAUCAGCGAUGUCAACAUGGCUCUGGACUGGAUACGCUCCACCUUCCUCUACAUCAGAACACUCAAGAACCCCACACACUACGGUUUCUCUGCUGACCUGGACAGAUAUGGAAUUGAAGCAAAAUUGCAAGAACUGUGUCUGAGGAACCUCAACUCUCUGUCUGCGAUUGAUCUGAUCGACAUGGAUGAGGAUAUCAACAUCAAACCUACAGAGGCUGGCAGGUUGAUGGCGAGGUACUGUGUUGCCUUUGACACCAUGAAGCAGUUCAACAAAGUGGCUGGCACUGAGAACCUGUCUGACCUGAUUGAGUUGGUGUCAAAGAGCAAAGAGUUCAGUGACAUUCAGCUGAGAGUGAAUGAGAAGAGGCUUCUGAACACUCUGAACAGGGACAAGAACAGGGUCACCAUCAGGUUUCCCAUGGAGGGAAAGAUCAAAACCAGUGACAUGAAAGUGAGCUGCUUAAUUCAGGCUCAGUUGGGCUCCAUCUCAAUUCAAGAGUUUGGACUCACACAGGACACAGCAAAGAUCUUCAGGAAUGGGAUGCGCAUCAGCAAAUGCCUGUCAGAGUUUCUGAGUCAGCCAUCCAAGACUGGUUUUUCUGCUCUGCUCAACUCCCUAAUCCUGGCAAAGUGCUUCAGAGCCAAGCUUUGGGAAAACUCGCCCUAUGUUUCCAAACAGCUGGAAAAAAUAGGCCAGAGCCUCUCAACUGCUAUGGUGAACGCUGGACUCACCAGCUUCAGCAAAAUAGAACAAACCAACGCCAGAGAGGUUGAGCUGAUUCUAAACAGGCAUCCCCCAUUUGGCAACCAAAUCAGAGAAUCUGUCAUACAUCUCCCCAAGUAUGAAGUUACUGUGGAGCAGCACCCGAGGUAUAGCUGUGCUACUGCAGAGAUUGUGGUAAAGGUGAACCUAAAAAACCAAGCACAGCUGCUAUGUAGGAGAACAGCACCCAGCUACCACUAUGUCUCUCUGAUCAUUGGAAACUCUGACAACACUGUGGUCUUCCACCAGAAACUCACGGACUUGGUGCUGUUGAAGUGUGGGAGCUGGUCAAAGAAGAUUGAGGUGGCAAAGGCCUCCAGAGGAGAAGAGAUCAGUGUCAAUCUCAUCAGCUCAGAAUAUGGAGUUUUACCCUCUUCCUAUCCUAUAGUGGGCCUUGACAUCCAGCAGAAGUUCAAUGUGUACUACUCAGGAGCCAGAAGUUUUGGAUCUGAGAGUCCAUACCACAUAUCACAUGAUCGCACUGGACAGAGGGGGCAACACUCUGCACUGAAACCUCAGUCUACAGAUCACUCUGCAACUUCUGCUGCAGACCAAGAUUUAGGCAACACAAGACAGUGCAACCACUUCUGCAAGAACAAGGAGCUCUGCGGCCACGACUGCUGUAAAGUAGGUGUAACUGUGACAAAGAAGAGGUCAGCGAAUCAGGAAUCCAAUUUUUCGUCUUAUUUGCAAGACCUGAGGAGCAGGUGUGACACACUCGCUCAGACUCCUGUCAAACGACUCAAGAUAAAAAUGAGCGAGGAGUCUGUGUCGGUCAACAUGCAGGAGUUUGCUUUCAAACCCAAAGAGAAGCUACCUACUGUUCCCAGGUAUGCAGGGAGUCACUAUGGAGCUUCAGUGAGCGCCCACACUGAGACUGUGGAUCUGACAGGAGGAGAAAGUGCUCACCUGUCAGACAGAGUUCAUCUGGAUGAUAGUGACUGUGAUUAUGACAACUACAUGGAGGACAUGCACUCGGUGACGGUGGAGCCUUUCCAAACGCCUGCUGCAUCUCAUGCUCACCUUCAAAUGUGGAUGAACCCUGGAGCCAGAUUUACUGUGAGUCAGAACCGUCCUAACCAGAUCAAUACGACCAGCUCAGCUUACUCAAAGAGGUCGACUGCUGUUUCAAAGCAGAGCACUCACUGUGUAAAUGCUUCAUGCUCACAAAUACCAACGGUCAGCUUUGACCUUGGAAAUGAAUGGGACGACUUUGAUGACGAAAACCUGGUGCAUGCCAGCGAGACGUUGUUAGCCUCGUGUCCAAUUAAACCUCAAGUGCAGCAGUCUGUCGACUACAACAUGCCAGGGUUUGCAACUACAUCAGAACCAACAUUCCUCAGUCACUCACAAGUGAAGCCCUGUGUUGCUUCUGCCAGAACCCCACUGACGUCAGUUUCACCAAAUUUAAGUCAUGAAAUCAGAAUACCAGGACCUUCUCCAGUAACAGUGAAACCAUCGACCAGAAUCACGCUGGAUUGCAACAAAAAGAGACCAAGCAUCUUCAGUGAGGAGAUCACAGUAAAGACACCAAAAAAUCUCCCAAAACAGGCUGAGACCCCUGUGGCUCCACUUACCAGAGGGUUUGAUUUCUUCUCGACAUUGAGCGCCCCAGCCAACAGCAGCUCAUCUGUCAACACACGCAAAGAAGAGGAAGCUUUCCUUGGGAUAUUUGACGGUAUAUUUUAGAUGUACUGCUUGUCUGACUAUGACAUCACAUAAAGUAUUUUCUUUAGACUUAUGUUCAUGUUUUGUUCAAAAAAGUUGCCGACUGUUAAAGUCAUGUUAUUAUAUGAUUAUUUUUGUUCAGGAAAUGAAUGGUUCUAAUGUUAUUCCUAAUUGUUACAAAUGUAAUGUAUUUAUUUUAUAUUUAUUUGUUUAAUAAAGUCUGUGUUUAUUCAGUGCA